CUGUCUCUCUUCAGGUUAUUCUCCACAGAGUGCAGCAGGUGUGUGCAGAGCAUAGAGCCCACAGAGCUGGUGAUGCGGGCCUCAGGGAGCGUCUUCCACCUGCGCUGCUUCUGCUGCCGCGUGUGUGAGCGCCCGCUGACCAGAGGGGAGGAGUUCACUCUGAGAGACGGUCAGCUGCUGUGCAAGAGGGACUACCAGAAUAACCUGCUCUGCACCGCCAGCCCACACUCACACUCAGAUAGCAGUGAUGAGGAGGAGUUGAAAAUGAAGUCAGAAAACCUCCUCGUAGCAGGGAAGAGCAACAGUGACCAGAGGAGUCCUGGCCGGGUCAAACGGCCACGCACCAUCCUCACCAGCCAGCAGAGGCGGGCCUUCAAGGCCUCCUUUGAGGUUUCCUCCAAGCCCUGCAGGAAGGUGAGAGAGACCCUGGCGGCAGAGACUGGACUCAGUGUUCGUGUUGUACAAGUCUGGUUCCAGAACCAGAGAGCUAAGAUGAAGAAGUUAGCACGCAGACAGCAGCAGCAGGAGCAGCACAGCAGCCAGAGGCCCGGCCCAGAGUCGGGCUGUGUGGAGGACCUGUUCAGCUCCUGCUCGGGGCCGUUCCUCUCAGCCCACCAGCAGCUGGUCACCAUGGAGCACAACGACGUGGACAGCGAGGCCUCCCUGGUGAGUGUGGGCGACUGCUUCCUGGCUGCCUCAGACUCGGGUUCCUGGACCAGCCGGACGGGGAACCCCAUAGACCAGCUCUACUCCAUGCACAUGUCCUACUUUGCCUCCUGA